AGCGCUCAAAUUUUUUUUCUUUUCAAAAAAAGCUGAUGAGGUUAAAAAAAAAAAAAAAAAAAAAGAAAGAAAGAAAAAAAGGAGAGAGAAACCGGCUUCGUGUCCUUAGGAAACAGAAGUAGCGAUUGUUUGCGCUUGAAAAAGGGGGAGCGCAAAGUCGCGGGCGGAGGCAGCGCCUGCGGACCGGCAAGUGCAGCUGGAUUUCUCCAAGUUGAGAGAGGCGGCGAGCGGCGGCUGUCACUGCGCCGGGCGGCUGCCGAGUACCGCCGGGCAAGGGCAGCGGCGGGCACCGGCGCGGCCCCUGCCCCCGCCCGCCGCUCGACCUCGGCUCAUCGGCCAGGACCAGAAACGCGGUUGUCGCCGAGAAUAGGCAGCGGAGUCCUGACGGGUGGCGGAACCGGCCCCACUCCGCGGCUUCUCCGCGUCCUGAGCGCGGGCGGCGGAACGCGGCAGCUACCCCCCUCUUCGCCUGACCCCGCCACCGCCACUACCGCCACCUCCACCACCACCGGCAGGCCCACGGACCAGCCGCCCUUCUGGAUGCUCCGGAGCCGCCGCCGGGGACGGCCGCCGGCCGGGAUCGCGCCUUCCCGCUGCACGGAGGCUGCACGGGGCCGCUGGAGUGAAGCUGCUGCGGGGAACGGGAGCACCGAGGGAACGAGCUCUGCUGCCGUGCAGUCGCCGCCGCCGCACCCUGCCCUCCGCGGGCGCGGCUCUUCCUUUUCGUCCCCCCUCGACACGGACUAGAGGCGGCGGUGUGGGAGGCAAGGGGGGGGGUCCUGAGCGAGACUUGGAUGCACACUGCUAUGGAAGACUUUCCCUCGGAGCUGCUGCUGCUGCUAAGGUCUCAGAUCCCGACUGUGAACAGGUCACCCUAAAGAAUGGCCGAGCCUUCUGGGAACGAGCUGGCGUCCGCGGCUGCCAAGGGGGACCUAGUGCAACUUACUAAUUUGUUGCAAAAGAAUGUAAACGUCAAUGCACAAAAUGGAUUUGGGAGGACUGCGCUGCAGGUGAUGAAGCUCGGGAACCCCGAAAUUGCCAGGAGGUUGUUAAUGAGCGGUGCCAACCCCAAUCUGAAAGACAGAACUGGCUUCGCUGUAAUUCAUGAUGUAGCCAGAGAGGGUUUUCUGGACACUUUGCAGACUCUGCUGGAGUUUCAGGCCGAUGUUAACGUUGAGGAUAAUGAGGGCAACCUGCCCCUGCACUUAGCGGCCCGGGAGGGGCAUGUGCGGGUGGUGGAAUGCCUGCUGGCACACGCGGGGUGCAAGGUGGGCCACCAGAACAAGCGGGGGGCCACUGCCUAUGACCUCGCCAAGCUCUACAGGAGAUCUGCUGUGGUGAAGCUCUUAGAAGACAGCAGCUUCUUCCCUGGACCUAUGGAUUGAAUCCGGUCUGGAUGGGCUCCUCUUUGGACACUGGGGCUUUCCGCCUUCUUUGUUGUGGUUUUUUUUUUUUUGUUGUUUGGUUUCGGGGAUCUUUCCCCCCCCUCUUUUUAAAUAGCAUUUGCUGCAACCUUACUUCUAUUGUUAUUUUUAAUUUGAACAUCUACUAGUGUAAGUCUCGGAAAAAUUCUAGAAGUGGGUUUUUAGAUAAUGGAAAUGUUUUAAAUCCACACUCCCAGCCAUUCUUUACACCUACCAUUUACAGAGUACUCACAGACUCAGCCACGUGUGUGUUGGUUGCUCAUACCUAGCUUUCCAGUAUCAAGCUUUAUAAUGUAUUUCAGGUCAUUUUUACUAAGUCAUUAAUACCUAUUCACUUGCUUAAUGUUGCUGGACUUUUAAGGAAAGAACUCAGCUUACUGUGAUUUCUCCCACCUCUCAGUGUAGCACACACUUUAGUCAGGCUUCGGUUUCAAGUCCAAUUUUGGAUUAAAACAGCCUUUUUGGGGGGUAACCUGCAACUCCCUGCUCAGGUAGAGCUUGAAGUCAAAGGCAGCUUGGCCUGAGGAGAGAGGAUGGCACUUACAGGCUUUGGGAAAUAGCUGCAUUUUGACACUAACAAGAGCUUGUAGAAUAGAAGUAGGUCACUUACUUUGUAAAUGUAGAUGACACUUUUCUCUUUUGUGUAUUUAAACUUUCACCAGGCUGUUUUUUUAUUUAGUUACCAGAAACUUGUACGAGUGGUGUUUUCUUGAUUGCCAGAGUUUUUUUACAGUUCGGUUUAGUACUUUGUGUUUACUGUGCACUGAAGGAGACAUUUUUGCUAGUUUCAAAACAAGCAGCAGAGAGCCAUUGUCAGAGGCAAGAAGGAUACGAAGGCUCUGAUACAAGUUUUCUGUUGGCUUCAUAAGUUGAGUGCAGUUUAGAUGCUUGUCAAGAAAUAUUUUCUUUCCAACUACUCUGUUUUGCCUGAAAAUGAGCUAUUUUUAAUGAUAGAUACAUCUCACAAAACAGGAAUCUGUGAAUACAGUGACAUUUAGGAAGCAUCAUGUGUGAUAAUUGGGUAGUUAUGUUGUUGUUUGCACUUAAACCAGAAUUUAACCAUCAAAAGUUUUCCUUUAGGGUACAAUUGAGAGUAUUUAUCAAACUCAUUUGCCUCUUCAGUUACAACAUGGAGCUAACGACACUCAGCACUACAGGAGAAAGCAUUUAGUGCCAAACUCUUCACAUGUGUACUGAUCUAGUCGUUGGGUAGAUGGGCCACUUAAAAUGCUUUGUUUUAAAUAGUCUACAUUUUAAUUUCACAAAAUAGAAGGUUUUAAAUCAAGGCAAAAUGAACAGCACUUAGAAGAGGAGGGGGUGUAUAUUAAUUAAAAAAUAAAAUAGCCCCACAAUAUGAAUUACUGCCAUUGUCAAGCAAAAAGUAAUUUGUUGAAACUGUCUGUCACAUGUACCAUAUGCUCUGUCACCCUGCUGUGUUUUCUGAUUAAAAACCUCUACGAAAUA